GAUCAUUUCCUCGGUUGCUAUGAAGGUGCUAGCUGUCUUGAUAUUCUUCUGCUUCUCUUCGACGUUCUCUGAAGACACCCUUCGACUUGUUCAUCUGGUAUUCAGACAUGGUCAAAGAACUCCAGCUGAUACAUACCCAAAAGAUCCUUAUAUAAAGGAGAAGUUUAGCCCAUAUGGGUGGGGAGCACUAACAAAUGAAGGAAAAACUCAACAGUAUGAACUUGGAAAAUGGUUGAGGUCAAGAUAUGACUGUUUUCUUGGAAAGGAAUAUAAAGGUGAAUCAUUAGAAGCAUGGACAACUGAUGUGGAUCGUACAAAAAUGUCAGCAGCCCUGGUUUUAGCCGGUAUGUUCCCACCAAGAGAUGAACAAAUUUGGAAUAAAGAUCUUCUUUGGCAGCCAAUACCUACUUCUCACCAGAAAUUGGCUGAAGACAAGCUAUUAUUAGUCCGGGGAUGUCCACGCUAUUCAGAAGCUGUAGCGGAAGUGAAGGCUAACCAACUAGCUGAAACAAUAGCAAAACAAAAGGAUCUUUAUGAUUAUCUUUUUGAACAUUCUGGAAAAACCGUGACUGAUCCUGAUGGAGUAAUGGACAUCUACAGCACCCUAAAAGCAGAGGAAGAGUUUGGAUUAAAGUUGCCAACCUGGACAAAUGAAGUUUAUCCAAAUGAAAUGGCAAAUGUGACAGCUUUUAGUUUUAUCCUCAACUCUUACACCGAUGAAUUAAAGAGGUUAAAAGGAGGACCACUAUUGAAGAAAAUUUUGAAUGAUUCUAAGAAUAAAAUAAAUGAUAAUUUACAUGAGAGGAAGCUCUACUUAUAUGCAGGCCAUGAUUCAACUGUUGCCAAUGUUUUACAAGCUUUAAAAGUUUGGGAUCCCCAAAUUCCAAAAUAUAACAUAUUGGCAUUAAUCGAAUUACAUAAAAUACACGAUGAUUACAAAUUGAAGAUUUUCUUAAAAAAUUCAACUCAUGAACCUUACUUACUUACAAUACCAGGAUGUGAAGAAGUAUGCCCAAUGGAUAAGGUUCUAAGUUUAACAGCAGCUGUGAUUCCAGACAACAUAGAUGAAGAAUGCAAUGCUAAGAAAAUAGAUUACAAGCCACCACAAGAUGGUGGCCCUUAGCCAUAAUUAUUUUUGUUAAUUUGUGAUAUUUUAACUUAUGAUAUGGAAGGAUAUUAUGCAGUUAGUACUUAUUGAUUAAAAAAAAAUUAGUAUUACUUUGGUAUGAACUGACAAGUUCAGCUUUUAAAAAUUGAAAUAUUUUUUAUAUUAUCUGUUUUAUUUUAUUUUCUGUUGUUCAAAAGUUAUUCUUUUAUGUCUAAUGUUGUUGUAUUUUCUAACCAUAUACAAUAAGGAAAUCAAUUAAAAAGAUCCCAAGGGUUGAACCUAUGAUAUGGACGGAAUGAAAAAUAAGCAAAAUGAAUAAUAUAUAACAAAACUUCUGUUAAAAGUAUAAAUUAUAUGACAUGUACCUCUACAAAAUGUCAGAUUAUAAUUGACAAAAUUUAUAGAUUAUAAUGAAUAAUAAUUCAAAUUUUAACUGUAUAAAUAAAAAGAAACUUGUAUCAUUAAUAUUAUAUCUAACUAUUGAUAUUCUAUUAUUAAGAUAAAAUUUAUAUGCUCCACGAUAUCUAUAUUUAAUGACAAUUUCUUGCAUGGAAAAGACCUAGUAAAAGCAACAGUAUUAAUAAGAUACUUUAUUGACUCAUCUUCAUCUAGUAGAAGGAUGCUGAAAAAGUCGAUAUUUAAAAUAAACUAGGUGAAUAUUCUGUUCUAGAAAUUAGGGCUUUGGAGAUGGCAGAAUGUUAACUUACAAUAAUAUUUAAAUAAAGGAGAUUAUUAACAGCUUUAAUAAGUAAUGAUGAUUGUUAUCAUUCAAUAGUAUAAAAACAAGUGUAAGACCCUAUUAACGGAUUAUGUAUGCACAUGAAAAUUAAAUCUUAUAACUAAACUUUUUUUAAGUGUGGUAUUUAAAUUAAUGUAAUUCAUCUAAACAAGAAACUGUAUAUUACACAUCAGAAAAGAUACUAUUUUGUAGAAAACCAAUUUUAGUAAAAU